ACACGCGAACACCGCUCGGCUCUGGCUGCAAAGAAACGCGGCGCACCGUCGGGGAGGGGGAGGAGCAAUGAAAACACGACCCUCGCUGCCGCCGCCGCUGCCGAGAUCCAGUGAUGCUGCCUUGGCUGCGGUGGUUUGACCCGUAAAGAUGAUCGAAUUCCCGCUGUGAUCGCGCCCGUCGACGGAAGCAUGAAGUUUGCGGGGACGGUGCUGUGGUUCUCCCUGUUGAUCGGGACCGGCUCUCCGCAAGACCCGGACGACUUUGUGUCACUGGCUGAGAUGGAAGAUUCUCUGUUGAAGAACUUGUUUCGCGGCUACCAGAAGUGGGUGCGACCGGUGCAGCACGCCAACGACACCAUCACAGUGUACUUCGGGCUGAAGAUCUCGCAGCUGGUGGAUGUGGAUGAGAAGAACCAGCUGAUGACGACAAACGUGUGGCUGUGGCAGGAAUGGGUUGACGUCAAGCUGAAGUGGAACCCUGACGACUACAAAGGGAUAACAUCCAUCCGAGUGCCUUCAGAGACAAUAUGGCUGCCAGACAUCGUCCUCUAUGAGAAUGCGGACGGACGCUUCGAAGGCUCCCUGAUGACCAAGGCCAUUGUCCGCUGGGACGGCACCAUCACAUGGACGCCGCCCGCCAGCUACAAGUCCUCCUGCACCAUGGACGUCACCUUCUUCCCUUUCGAUCGGCAAAACUGCUCCAUGAAGUUCGGGUCAUGGACUUACGACGGGAACAUGGUGGACCUGGUUCUGGUGGAUCACUACGUGGAUCGCAAAGACUUCUUUGACAACGGCGAGUGGGAGAUUCUGAACGCCACGGGGGUGAAGGGAAGCAGGAGGGACGGGAUCUACUGGUACCCUUUUGUCACCUACUCCUUCAUCCUCAAGAGACUGCCCCUGUUCUACACCCUCUUCCUCAUCAUACCGUGCCUGGGCUUGUCCUUCCUCACCGUGCUGGUCUUCUACCUGCCGUCAGACGAAGGCGAGAAGCUGUCAUUGUCUACCUCAGUACUGGUGUCUCUCACUGUGUUCCUCCUGGUCAUAGAGGAAAUCAUCCCGUCAUCCUCCAAGGUGAUCCCACUGAUCGGAGAGUACUUGCUGUUCAUCAUGAUCUUCGUCACCUUCUCCAUCAUCGUCACCGUAUUUGUCAUUAACGUGCACCAUCGCUCCUCGGCCACCUACCACCCCAUGGCCCCCUGGGUGAAGAGCCUGUUCCUGCAGAGACUUCCGCGGCUGCUGUGCAUGAGGGGCCACACUGACAGAUACCACUUCCCGGAUAUGGAGAUGCACAGUCCGGAGCUCAAGCCCAAGAGAGGCAUGGGCAGGAGGGGGCUCCACAGUCCGGGCCAGCAGAGGGGGCCACUGGGAGGGAAGGAGGACGAGAACCAGGCCUGGCUGGCAAUGCUGGAGAAAGCCACCAAUUCAGUCCGCUACAUCAGCCGACACAUCAAAAAGGAGCAUUUCAUCCGAGAGGUGGUGCAGGAUUGGAAGUUCGUGGCGCAGGUGCUGGACAGAAUUUUCCUGUGGGCCUUCCUCACAGUGUCCAUAUUAGGGACCAUCCUUAUCUUCACUCCUGCUCUCCAGAUGUACCUCAGCUCGCCGCAGUGACCCCUGUUUUGCGCUUCCAUCGUUGAGCCCCGGCGUUUUACCUCUCCAGCCGUCUGGACGCUACUUUGAUGUAGAAUGCAUGCACUCGGGUGCAACAGGCUGAAAGCAAUAACCAAGUCAUUGUCAUGUGAUGUUGCGUGCCACUGUCUUCUUAUAUGUUCAAUGAAACCUCAAUAAACAUUUCAGUGUAAAAUGUUUGAGGCCACGUUACAUACUGAAGCAGAACCAGCCUGCAAUGACACUAAACCACCACUAGGCGUCAGGAGAGAUCUUUUAUUGUAAGAAAAGCAGCUGGAAACAGUUUUUUUUUGUGAUAUGAACGCAUAACAAUCUUACACAUGGAGCUUUUAAGUAAUAUUAUCUUGAUGUGUUGGAGUCUUAAAUGAA